GUCAUUUAUAGUUCAUCAUGGGGGGUUCUGAAAGUAAAACAACAGAUCUAAAGCACGAAAUAUAUUUUUCUGAUGAAGAAAAAGCUAAAGUCAACCAUGUUUUCUGCAGUAUAUCUCAUGGAAAAAAAUCUUUUAACAAAGAGAAUUUGCAGCAUUUCAUGACUCCUGUGCUAGAUCUACCUAUUAGCGGAAAACUGUUUGAAUUGAUUGAUGGGCCACUUCCCCAUCAAACCCACCACCAUCAUCACAGACUACAUGCUCAUCAAAAUCAUUCCCAGGAGGUUCAUUUACAGCAUUUUGCCUCCCAUCUAGGACAAUUAUUGAAAGGGAGUAUUGCAGAUUUAGCUAGGACCUGCGUUUUUUUAGCGUCUUCCUCACAGAACUCAGUCUCUGCUCAAGAUUUAGUUAAGUUAGUAACUAGUUUUCUGCACAGUUAUGAGAAAUUGUUAUCUGCACAUUGUACUGCCUAUCAGAGCUGGAUAUUUGCAGACGCUUUUAAUUCCCAUGACCAGUUAGCAGUCUCUUUAUUGAAAGAUCUUUUGAAGUCAGGUGAAUCCAACUCAGAAAACUCUCAUCACACAGGGGGAGUAACUCUGACAGAAGAAGCUGUUGAAGGAUGGUUAAACAAAUGUUCGCUGUUCAGUCUUAUUAUGAAACAAGUCUUUCAUGGUGCAUUCCAGUUUUAUCAACAAGAACCUCAUCAGAUCACUUUUCUACCUCGAGUUCCACAAGUCAGAGAUACUAACUGGUCUCGCUUCAAAACAAUGUUGGAUUUUCCCACUGUCCUAUUCCUCAAUUUUGCCCUUAAUGCAGAGCUUCAGUCUCAGUGGAAGCUAGUUUUUAGUAAUAGUCUCCAUGGUAACAGCUUCUCUCAAUUGCUUCAGCACAUAAGAAAUAAAGGUCCAUCCUUUAUUGUCAUUAAAGACAAAGAUGGGCAUGUCUUUGGUGGCUUUGCCUCUGUAUCCUGGGAAAUCAAUCCAAAAUUUACAGGAAAUUCAUCUUGCUUCUUGUUCAAAGUGAAACCCUUUUUUCAAAUAUAUACAUCCACGGGCUAUAAUGCAAACUUCAUGUAUUUAAAUCAUCAAGUACAGACAUUACCCAAUGGUCUGGGAAUGGGUGGCCAGUUUGAAUAUUUUGGUUUCUGGAUUGAUCAGUCAUUUGAUAGAGGACACAGUAAGGCGGGAGCACGAGGUAAUACCACAUUCGGCAGCCCACAGCUAUCAGCUCAUACAGAAUUUCAAGUCGACUGUAUUGAAGUUUGGGCAGUUGGCAGGCUAGAACGGAAAGAGGAGGACGAGGAUGAUGAUGAGGAUGCCACGGAUGAAGCAGCAAAGGCGGGACCAAGAAGCAUUUUAGAUAAACUGGCCUCAGAAGACAAAGCCAUUUUAGAUUUUGUGGAUAGAGGAACCAAGCACGAUGCCCUCAGAGAUGAACCCAUUGUAGAAGAAACCAAAGCUCACAGUACCAUCAUCUCCCCAUUUUGAUGAAGGAUAAAAUAAAAGCCUAGGAAUCUUCCCGUUUCGCUGUACAUUAAUUGAUGGCAAAGUUUUUUUAGCAUUCUCUUCGCUCAUUCACGUCAAACUGUUUUGUAAGUAGUAAGUGAACUAGAAAAGAAGUGAAUGGUGUGUAAAUAAAAGUGACCUUUUCGUUAGGGUCACAGUAAGUGUAUACUUUGAUUACACUCUCAAUGUAUAAAAUGUUAUUUUUAACUUUGACCUUUGUAUUUGCCUCACUCCGUUCACUCUUCUUAAAAUUUUCUUGUUAAUUUUUUGAAAUGACAAAAAUCUCAGAAAAAGCCACAGCUUUGCAUAAUAUUUUUAAAUAUGCUGUCGCCAUGACUAUGAAAAUCUAUUUAUACACAGCUAUUCAUAGCUGCCAAUCACUCCAUUUUAGUUGGUUUAGUUUUUUGUUUUUUUUAUAAAUAAUUUCUGUUUUUUAGUUUAAACUGUAGCUUUUUAUUAUAUGCGAAUGUAAAGUUUAAUGUGAUGUUGUUUAAUUCAGCUAUACAAUUAUCUGUUGACUCCAUUUCAUGAAAAGAUUUUAGUUACUUUUAAAAUGCUGAAUGCAUAGCUAUAAUGAAGUAUUAAGUAAGAUUUUUCACAAUUAUAUUUUAUUUAUUAGAAUAGAAAAAUGUGAAUAAAAAAAAAAGUUCAAGUUAUAGAUCUUUUUUUUUUUUU